GCUCCAGGAUCUCGAAUCUUGUUUGAUCCUGCCACCCUAACAGAAAGGACCCUCAAUCGCGCGUGUCACGGGUCUUUCCCCAGUAAAGUGUAGAUAGUUGUAGAUAUUUUUAUUCGAAUUGAUUGGUACGAUCUCUCAUCCUAGUAGUUUAUUGGGCAAAAUUCGGAAAUCGCUUGAGAUAAGACCUGUUUAUGAAAGUUUGAUGACAUCUUAUGCAAGACCGACUUUUUUGAGGCAUGCAGUAUGAGUAAAAUCUUUUCCAUAUUUUAUGAGUUUUUUUAUUCACUGAAUUUUCUUUGCUCUUGAUAACUCUCUAGAAAAGUGUUCGGUAACCGGACAGAUGGUCAAAGUGUGUAAGUAUUAGAUACGCAGCUUUUGUGUAAGUAUUAGAUACUCAGCCCAUUCAAGUUUUUUCUGGAUGGUUGUGUUGAUCAUGAAUAUAUGAAUGGAUGCUAGCGUGACUAACAUGUAAAGAAGAAGUCCUAGUGUACAUAGAUAAAGGCGUUGUGUUUAAUGAGUCUCAGUGUUGAUGUAGUAGAAGGUGCGUGUAUAUGUAAUAUGAUAAAUAUGGGAAGGAUUUAGGAAUUAUUCCAUCUCGCAGUGUUCCUGAGUCUUCAGAUUCCACAACUUUUAUUUCGAUAGGUCACCAUUGAAAAGUUGCAUGUUCUUGCUAGUGAGGUGUCCUCGACAGUCCUCAUUGAUUACAGCUUGUAGAGACAGGAGAGUGAUCUUCCUUCCUCGUUAAAAAAUCAGAUUUGUUUCCGUCUUGAAUAGGUAUAAGCAGGCCGUGUGAGAGAAAAUAAUGUUUGCAUCUAUUUCCGGCACAGCAAGGACGUUAGGUCCGCUUGCAGCUGCCGGCUGUUCUGCGGGUUGUCUCCGUGAGGACGCUGCCACGCCCUCUUCGCCUUCGUCCUGUCGGAGAACAAACGAUGUUCAGCGUUUUGUCGCUGUGGAUCGCAAGUACAAGCAUGGAGAAGGACAAGCGUUGUCGCAAUCUUCGCAUCGCAGAGUAGCAGUCGCUAAUUGCCACCAUGGUAAUAAAUCUGAAGUUCCUCUUCUGAGGUUUGUAGUUGUACCAAGGUCGUGCCCAAGGACGACGAUCGAUGAGAAUGUCAGCACGUCCGGUCAUCUCUUUCGGAGACGAACUGGCUUCGACAAGACGAGUUUCAGUCGUGCUUUGCGUGCUGCACGAUUGCAGAGGAGGCGGAGUGGCGAUCAUGGCUCGUUUCUUGCGAGGAAAAAAGGGCUCGUUUCUUGCGAGGUGCGGUCCUGGGAUUUGGCUGGAGCAACUCAGGCUACUCCUGCAACUGUUCAAUCGGCUAGAAAAGACGGCUGUACUCAUGCUCGACAGCACUGUAAAGAACCCAGACUAAGUCAAGAACCCAGACAAGACGAUUGUGAUGUGGUGGACAGCACUUCCUCUUGUUGUGUGGGAUCACGCGAUAAUGACGAGAGUGCUGCUCGUCCAUCUACUUCGACUAGAAUAAGGUCUAGUGAGGAAGAAGACCUCUUCGGAGGUGGUAAUCGUUGUGUGGGUUCCACAUCUACUGAGACGAGCAUUUGUGAGGAACCUUCUUUCGACGAUACUGAAGCGGACGAACUACAGGACGACGCAGGCCCUUCCUCGAAGCUGCCGAAGAUAGAGCGAGUAAAGUCCAUGCGCAUGGAUAGAGGACUCUACAUUCGUGAAAGCGUGCGGCGGUUCGAAGACAGCUACUCAGGAGAAAAAGCUAUCGGCGAAGGGGGUUUUGCUUCUGUCUUCAAAUGUCGACAUAAGCUCACGGGUGUCAAUCGAGCUGCAAAACGAAUCUUAUGCUUGUUUCCAACUUAAGGUACUUAUUUGAAUAAAUUCCUACACCUCACCUAGUACAGUAGAUUCCCUAUGAAGUCGAACAUCCCACCAGCUAGUUCGGUAAUAAUGCGUGCAAGUGGUGCAAGGUUUCCAUUUCAUUUUUGAGUAGAGUGUCUGCAAGGUUUCCACAAUCUACUUUUCUUGGUUUUUGUUUUUUCCUAGUUAGGUUUGCUCCGCCACAAGUAUUAUCUUGUCACGCUUCAUUCCUGUCGAAGGAGGUCUUAAAGGCGGAUUGGGGUAUGUUCGAGAAUGAGGUUCGAAACCUGAUAACCCUGGACCACCCGCAUAUAGUCAAAUUGCUGGAAUAUUUCGACGACGGCAAGGAUAUCGUGCUUGUCUUCGAACUAUGCCGGGGCCCGGAUCUUUUCGACCGGUACUGCUAAAUCCUCUAAUACUGAAACAGGCGACGUGCCUUAGCCACAGUAGUUUGUCACCUUUUCCAUGGAAUUUCGGUCAGGCCAUUUUUAAAACCAUUUGGGAUUUACUCGAGUAUUUUUCCCAAGAUUAGUUUUCUGCAAAUCGUCUCUCGUCAUUGUUUUUUUCAACAUUUCUUCACAGGAUCGUUGAAGUGCUGCGGAAAAAGGGGAAGUUCAGCAAUCAAGAGGCGGGGCGACUAUUGAAGCACAUGCUAAAAGCAGUUUUCUGCUGUCACAGUCUAGGUAUCGUGCACCGCGAUAUCAAGCCAGAGAACUUCAUGUUUGCCUCUGCAGAUAAGAACUCGAGUCUGAAGUUGAUCGACCUCGGACUCUCCGUCAGCACUGUUAUGACAAUGAUCACUUGCUAUUGGUUGUCAAUGGUCUUGGUUGUUAAUACAAUGAUCUUGUAGUCAUGCAACGUGUUAAUACAAUUGGUAUUGGUUCUGGUUGUGUAUCUGUAGUGUUGUGAAUAGAAACUUUUCUUCACUGUGAAGAAAAAAAGUUUCAAAAUAAUGAACUGUAAUGACCUCAAGCCGAUCGCUGGGUCGUAUUAAAACUAAAGCUUUUUACCUAUGCCUUCAGAAGACUUCCUGUCCUUAUGCGACUAUCUAAUGUCUGCGCGGGAGCGGGUGGUUUGCUGAAAGAGACAGAUGAGGAUUGCAUAGAGGGUGAGCGUGGAACAGUGGCAUACAUGCCACCAGAGAUGCUCGCUGGGAUGAAGUACGACCGGCGUGUCGAUAUUUGGGGUCUCGGAAUUAUCCUGUACAUCAUGCUAACAGUAAGGCCUGGAGAACUUCAUCGUGUAGAAGAACAUGCUACGCUUCUCUAGUUCUAGUACAAAGAAGCUCUUUUAUCACGGUAAAGUCGUAAUCGGUAGUUCUUGAGACUUCUACGGUAAUUGCGAAAUAAUUACAACAGGAGCACACACAUGCCUUUUCGAAGGGACAGGGUGCACCAAAAUGUUAAAAGGAGCACCAAGUAGACGCUUAGUGCCUUAGCAAUAGGAGCACUAACAUGCUUACCUCUUUAGCACCAAGAUGCUUAGCUCCAUCUUCGCACCAAGAUGCUUUGCUUCUUAGCACCAAGAUGCUUACCAAGAACACAGGUUUUAUCUCUGGCACUCUUUUUUUCUUCUAAUGUUUGGAGAGCCGCUCUUCACGCUCGGGGCCGAGGAUGACGAGGUGAAGACGCAGAUUCUGAAUCCGGCACACCAGAGAAAGAAUUGAGGCUUGAGGAAAUACAUCUUCCCAGUCAUCUUUGUCCCGUUUCUAAAGGGAAACGGGUGCCGAGAUGCUCCCCAGGAUGGAUUUCUGCAAGUUCCAAAAGAAGAUGCGGAAGAAAAGGAAAGGCUUAGACCCGGAUGCGUAUGACUUGCUCGAAAAGAUGUUGGAGCGUGACCACCACCACAGGAUAGAUGCGAAGGAAGCGUUAGAGCACCCGUUUGUGAAAAAAGCCUUCGACGCAAUAGUAGAGAGCGACGUGGGCCGAGCAGCUUCGGGAAAAGGUGUCUACGUAUAAUCUUUGUCGGUCAGGCUGAAGUAGGUGGAGCUUGAUAUAUUUGUAUUGUAAGUGGAAUCGCAAAGCUGCAACAGUUUCUUUAAAUGGCGGCGCGAAGAUGAUUUUCUCGCUAAUGAGCUGUCUCUGUUUUCUGUCAUCUCAACUCCCGAAUAGUGAUUUCUUCCUUUUUAAAAGAUUUGAUGAAUUACCCUACAGCAACUACAGGAGGCUCACGACAAAAUAACCGGUUGAGUAUGGAUGAAGUGAUUACGAGGAUGGACGCCUUCGCACAACUGCCACUACUGAAGCGCGCUAGCAUCAUGGUACUGGCGCACCUCACGGCAACCGAUAAUGCGGAGCUAGCGGCGCAUCGAGCAACCUUUCGGCAACUAGAUAUCGACGGCAACGGAACCCUCACGGUUGCAGAGUUCAUGCAAGCGAUGAAAAGUCAGGGAGACACGGUAUGAGUUACUAUGUUACUAUCUCUAUGUUAAAUGUAAGUACUUACUUUAAUUUCAUCAGUCAUCAGAAGAUCAUUUCUACCCGUGCUUGCGAUGAAGAAAGUCAUUGUCUUCUAUGACUUUGCUUUCUUAAGGGAGUUGUCACCUUCAUUGCCAGCUACAUAAAUUCUUCAAUUCUCUCGUUGCACAUACACUCUAUAGUAAUAGUUGAGCGACAUCAUGAUCUCGUCUUCACUUACUAGGAAUUCGAUGUGCUUCGACAUCUCAUCUUUACUCACUAGGAAUUCGGUGUGCCUCGGGAUUUUCUGGAAUCGACCUGGCGUGGCGUGGAUUUGAACCGUUCGAACGAUAUCAACUUUACCGAAUUCAUUGCCGCAACGCUCGAUUGGCGCACGAUGCGCGACGAGCACUUCAGAGGCGUUUUCCAAGUGCUGGACGCGGAUGGGUCGGGCCGCAUUGACCUCAGGGAUCUCCAAAUUCUCUUUCCCGAGAACGGUAAGAAGGACUUGCUGAGGAUCAUGACGGACUUUGGGGUGCCAGAGGGUGGAUAUCUCACAUUGGAGAAGUUCACAGAGAUCAUGAAAAGGUGAAUUAUAGGUUGUACUACACUUUCUUUUGCUUUUUGAGAACUUCAGGGAGAUCAUGAAAAGGUGAACAAUGAGUGUUACUACACUUCUUUCGGUUUAUUCUUAGUGCAUGAUUGUAGAGACUUUGGACGAUUGAAGGCAGGCGCAAUGCGCUUUCG